AUGGCGAGCCCAUCUAACCUUCCCGCUAUCUUCAACCCUACGUCCCAGGACAUUGAAAUGCUCCUGGCGGCACAAUGCCACUUGGGAUCUAAGAACUUGCAGGUGCACAUGGAGCCAUACCUCUGGAAGACUCGACCAGACGGUGUCAACGUGAUCAACAUCUCCAAGACUUGGGAGAAGAUUGUUCUUGCUGCCCGCAUUAUCGCGGCGGUCGACAACCCAGCCGACAUCUGUGUCAUUUCCGCUCGUCCCUACGGUCAACGAGCUGUCCUCAAGUUCGCUGCUCACACCGGAGCCGUCGCCAUCGCUGGUCGUUUCACCCCUGGUAACUUCACCAACUACAUCACCCGCUCGUUCAAGGAACCCCGCUUGAUCAUCGUUACCGAUCCUCGCACCGACGCCCAAGCCAUCAAGGAGGCUUCCUACGUCAACAUCCCGGUCAUUGCUCUCUGCGACACCGACUCUCCAACGGAAUUCGUCGACGUUGCCAUCCCCACCAACAACAAGGGUCGUCAUGCCAUCGGUCUCGUCUGGUGGUUGUUGGCUCGUGAGGUGCUCCGUCUCCGAGGCACCCUUGCCAACCGCGAGGUUGACUGGGACGUUGUGGUCGAUCUGUACUUCUACCGUGAUCCCGAAUCUGAGGAGCAGAAGGAGGAGGAGAAGCAACCCGGUGCUGAUGAGGCUGGCCCCGCCGCUGUUGACCGUGGCUUUACCGACAACGCCGACUGGGCAGGAGAGUCGGGUGCUGCGCCAGGCAUUGAGGGUGCUCCUCAGGCCGAUGCCAACUGGAACGACCCUGGCACCGGUGGCGGUGACUGGGCCCAAGAGACUACCACUGGCGCUGCCACCACUGCCGGCUGGUAA